CUGCGACUACGCAGUUGACUAAUUUAUACUGUGUCAAUGCUCAACAGAUCAGCUCCUAGAGUUACUCUCCGGUAAGACAGCCAGAUGAUGAUGUCCGCUGGUUGGUAGUUGAAAAUUUAUGUAUUUUUGCUUGUGCUAUACGAGAUGAAAUUUAGCGAGGGCAAUUAUAAUGACCCAAAUAAGCCUUGUUCACGGGUAUCUGAGCAAUUCUUGUUGCUUUUGCAAACUCAUGAAUUGUCUAGUUCGUCGGCCAUCUUGCAUUUCCGGCCAUGCUACUCUGUUUUGGUUGGAUCUCGGCCACGAGUGGUUGUCGGUUGAUCAUCGCUGGCUGUGAAUUGGCCAUGGAAAGAAGUAUAACGUCAAUAUGCUCGAUCGAGAAGAUUAGACGAGUGAUGAGUCAAGUAACUUUACAAGGAAGAGUAACAAUAUAUAUAUAACGAAACAAGUAUAUUUUGAAAAUGUUUUUUUUUUGCUGUAUCUAGUAAUAUUAAUUUAGCUGGUGUAUUUCUCUAUAGAUUUUAUCAGAUUUGAAAUAAUUUGACCUAGAGUGAUUCAGGAAAUUGAUUUUAUAUUUGGGGUAGAUGCACUGUCAUAGUAAUUCAUAAAAACUGGCUGCCAAGUAUGCCUGUAUGGCAAUGCAUACGCACUCUCUUGGCUGCCAUGUAUGCCAGUAUGGCAGUGCAUACGCACUGUCGGGCCCCGAGGGUUUGCUACACGUACGUAGUAAUCGCGACGCGAGAAUAUUCAGGCAAGCGUCCGGCAUAUAUAUGUUGGCGCAGCUAUGUGAGAAUAUCCCAGGCAGGAGCAGCCACCAUGGACCAUGGUGGACCGGACACGAGACAGAAUUUGUGCCCAGCUCGGUCGAACUCGCCGGAACAUGCACGCGACAGCGUCAGAAGGAGCGGCAGGCGUCAUCGCACCCCGGCGAGCCGCGAGGGCGGGCGUGCCGAUGAGGCAAAGCGACCGCAUCGGGCCCGCGGUCUCCACGCCCAAAGCGCCUCGUGGGCAUUUUCCCUGGAUUGCAACGGCAGCGGGCAGCACGCGUCGUUUGCCACGGCGCCUCGUCUUUGCCGGCUCCGCGUGUCCCUGCGGAUUUGCCUACUGUUAUCUACCCCUCUUGCCUCCGACUCCCAUCUCCUCGCUCGUUGCACGGUCGGCGGCCCAUCAUCGUCUGGCACUUGCUGGAAACUGUACGACUACUGAUGGCCGAGAUCGACACUACACCAUUAGAAUCUGUGAAGGCAGCAGUGGAUCUCUUCGACCGGCCGGGAAGCGAUCAGAGCAGGCUCAGUCCAGACGGAAAUGAGGAAGAUCAGAUCGCCAUCUUAAGCAAGGAGCUCGCGACGUGCAAGCUGCAGCUGGAAGUCAGAGAGAACCAGCAGAAGCAGGCCACCAUGCAGAUCGAAGCCCUCCAGAAGGCCGUGCAGGAGCUCUCGGACCAGUACGAGAAAGACUGCAUGGACGCGCACCUCCGCAUAGCCCAGCUGGAGGCGGAGAACACCGGCAUCAUGAGCCGGCAGGCGGAGGCGGACGGCGAGCGCGAGGCCCUGAGGGGCGAGCUGGCCGCCGUGAGGGCCGACCUCGACGCCGCCAGGGCGUCGGUCGCCUUCGUGCUGCGGGAGGUGGAGGCCGUGGAGACGAGGGCCAUCCUGGAGCGGGAGGGCACCAAGGACGCCCUGGCCCGGAUACUGCAGCUCAACGAGGCGGUCCUGUCGUCCGCCGUCGCGGCGAUCAGGGCGGAGGAGGAGAGGUCGGUCUUCUUUCAGGAGGCCAUGCUCCGGUUCUUUGACUCUGACGGCAGUAAUCUCGAGGUGGUCAGGAGGCAGAUGGAGAUGGUGGAGCGCAUGGAGGCCGAGCUGCUGGCGAAGACCGUGGAAGUUGAGUACCUGCGGGCGGAGCUGAAGCAGGCCAGCGAGAUUUACGUGGCGCCGCAAGGAGAUUCUGAUGCAACGGUCACGGUGGUCGCUGCUGACGGUUGCGAUGGUCAUGAUCAGGUUCAGGUUCAGAGACGUGAAACAGCAGUGGAAGAUACAGGAACGGAGCCGGAAUUCACGUUUCAGCACUCACCAGGAUUAUCCUUUGUCUCUGAUGAGAUCUUCAGAGUGGAUUGUGACGCCGUUCCAUCUGGUGGUAGCAAGAUGGAAGCUGAUACAUCCGAGGAUUUAGCUGAGAAUGAGAGUAAACAAGGAGCGGCAGUAAUGGUUGGGGAGACGACAGUGGCUGAAGGGAACUCCGAUGCUCAAGAGACAAGAUGUCUUGUUGCUAAAACCUCUGGAGAAGAUCGAAGCAUCGAAGCUAACACUAACAGCAAUCAAGAACCAGAUGAGUCGGACGGCGCAGUUCCAGACUUCGCGGCGUGCCAAGGGAAUGAUGUCCUUGUGAAAGAUCACGAGGAGACGAAGGCAGACGCCAGCUUUGUCCUUGCAAGCUCCAGGGACGAUUUCCAGAACGCGCACUCUGAUGAUGCCAAGGACGUCAUCAGCAUCGCCGAGCCUGACAACCAAGAACCACGAGCAGAGCCGGCCGCAGCUCCGAUCUCCACGCCGCGAGAGGGCAGGUCGGAUGCUUGCGUCGUCGUCGCCACAGAGAUCUUCUCCAAAGACGAGCACGAGUUCUACACCAAGGAGCUCGAGCCCGACCCGGGGCAGGGGGCCAAGCUGGACGGGUACGUGCUCGUGUCGAAGGGCGCCGACGUCGCGGUCAAGAACAACCAGCUGGACGAGGCGCGCGCCGAGAUCAGCGACCUGCGGUUCAGCCUAGAGGAGGCCGUGCGGCGGGCGGAGCUGGCCGAGGAGGCGAAGGCGGCGCUGGAGCGGGAGCUGCGGGAGGAGAUCAGGAGGAAGCACACCCCGUCGCGGCGGCGCGCGACGUCGGACUCGGAGGACGGCUGGCGCCCGGCGCGCGAAGGGGCGCGGCCGACGCCGUCUCAUGCGUCCGCGUCCGGGACGCCGUCUAGGGCGAUGAGAAGUGCCAGGCCAGGAGGGGAGGACAUGCCGACGCCGCGCUGCUUGACGCUUGGCAAGGUGCUCAACAUGAAGUACAAGUGAAUGUCCCGUUGCGGGAUUGAUAUCAUUGCAAAUGUCCUUUAUCUGCUCAAUUGUGAGUGUUAUCUUCAAAUGCUACCUACUACAGAGUAGUAUAGUAUGUAUAACAGUGCAGUAUUUUUUAAAACAAAUGAUUGGUGCUUUAUUUCCUAAUUUAUUUCUUAAUUUAUAA